AACAUGGCGUCAAUGGCGAUGCACGGCGGUGUUUGACGCGGUGUUUGCGUUACGGUGUGUUGAAUUGUGUUGAAUCGCUUUCGAUGUGUCGGCGGCAACCGUAAACGGCCAGCGAGGUGGUGAUCGGUGAUACGUAUACAAACGGAACGUACAGUCUGUGCUCUCGACGCGAGUAUUACGUGAUCGGCGAAGCGUUUAGAGAGGCGGUUUACGUAUAAGCUGUGCGUGUGUAGAUCCGCGAUCCGCGGGGCCCUAAGAUGUCCAAGCCAGACGAGAACGCGGACACCGGCGACACCGGGGACAACUCGAACGGGUCCUCGGCGGAGACGACGUCGUCGAGGGGGGGCGGCGACUUCGAGACGAAGCUCGAGACGGACCGUAGCAAGCGUUUCGAUUACCUGCUGAAGCAAACCGAGAUAUUCUCGCACUUCAUGACGAACAAUCAGAAGGACAAGGCUAGUCCGUUGAAGAUCAAGGCCGGCAGGCCCAGGAAACAGCCGGAGAUCCCGAAACCUGACCCCGUCGAUCACAGGCAUCGUAAAACGGAGCAGGAGGAGGACGAGGAGCUGCUCGCGGAGAGCAACGCCAGCGUGGCGCCCACGACGCGCUUCGAAUCGUCCCCUCACUACAUCAAGUCCGGUGAGUUGCGCGACUAUCAGAUACGCGGCUUGAAUUGGAUGAUAUCGCUCUACGAGCACGGUAUAAACGGUAUCCUGGCGGACGAGAUGGGCCUCGGCAAGACGCUGCAGACCAUCUCCCUGCUGGGAUACAUGAAGCACUUCCGAAAUAUUCCCGGACCUCACAUCGUUAUUGUGCCAAAAUCAACGCUGGCCAAUUGGAUGAACGAGUUUAAGAAGUGGUGUCCCAGCCUUCGAGCCGUCUGCCUCAUCGGUGACGCGGAGACCAGAAAUACCUUCAUCAGGGACGUGAUGAUGCCCGGAGAGUGGGACGUGUGCGUGACGUCUUACGAGAUGGUCAUCAAGGAGAAAUCUGUAUUCAAGAAGUUCAACUGGCGCUACAUGGUGAUAGACGAGGCUCACAGAAUAAAGAACGAGAAGUCGAAGCUGUCGGAGAUCCUCAGAGAAUUCAAGACCACCAAUCGGCUCCUUCUGACAGGCACGCCGCUACAGAAUAAUCUCCACGAGCUGUGGUCUUUGUUGAAUUUCCUUCUACCGGAUGUAUUCAACAGUUCUGAUGACUUUGACUCAUGGUUUAACACAAAUAGUUUUCUAGGUGACAAUUCCUUAGUCGAGAGACUGCACGCUGUUCUAAGACCGUUCCUUCUGAGACGCUUGAAGUCCGAGGUGGAGAAGGGACUCAAGCCCAAGAAAGAGAUCAAGGUGUACAUCGGUUUGAGUAAGAUGCAACGAGAAUGGUAUACCAAAGUGCUGAUGAAGGAUAUAGAUAUCGUGAAUGGCGCAGGUAAGAUAGAGAAGAUGAGGCUGCAGAACAUUUUGAUGCAGCUGCGGAAGUGCUGCAAUCAUCCGUACUUGUUCGACGGCGCUGAACCCGGGCCGCCGUACACCACCGACGAGCAUCUCGUCUACAACUGCGGCAAGAUGGUGAUACUCGAUAAAUUGUUGCCGAAACUGCAGCAGCAAGAGUCGCGGGUCCUGAUAUUCAGUCAGAUGACGAGAAUGCUGGAUAUUCUGGAGGACUAUUGCCACUGGAGGUGCUUCCAGUAUUGUCGACUCGACGGCAACACCGCUCACGAGGAUCGUCAGCGGCAGAUAAACGAGUACAACGCACCCGAAAGCGAGAAGUUCAUUUUCAUGCUGUCAACUCGGGCCGGCGGUCUGGGCAUCAACUUGGCGACCGCCGAUGUGGUCAUCAUUUACGACUCCGAUUGGAAUCCCCAGAUGGACUUGCAGGCGAUGGAUCGUGCGCAUCGUAUAGGCCAACAGAAGCAGGUGCGAGUUUUCAGGUUCAUCACGGAGAACACGGUGGAGGAGAAGAUCGUCGAGCGAGCCGAGGUAAAGUUGCGCUUGGAUAAGCUCGUUAUUCAACAGGGACGGCUAGUCGAUGCCAAGCAGACGGCGUUGAACAAGGACGAGAUGCUGAAUAUGAUCAGACACGGGGCGAACGAGGUGUUCGCGUCAAAGGACAGCGCCAUUACCGACGAGGACAUAGACACGAUAUUGCAGAAGGGCGAGGCGAAAACGGAGGAGAUGAAGCAGAAACUAGAGAGCCUUGGCGAGUCCUCGUUGCGCAAUUUCACCGUCGACGCACCGACGGACUCCGUGUACCAGUUCGAGGGCGAAGAUUACCGCGAGAAACAAAAGAUCCUUGGAAUCGGCAACUGGAUCGAGCCGCCGAAACGCGAACGUAAAGCCAAUUACGCCGUCGACGCUUAUUUCAGAGAAGCGUUGAGAGUCUCGGAGCCAAAAGCGCCAAAAGCGCCGAGACCGCCGAAGCAGCCGAUAGUACAGGACUUUCAGUUCUUCCCGCCGCGACUUUUCGAGCUGCUAGAUCAGGAGAUUUACUAUUUUAGACAGACGGUCGGCUACAAGGUUCCGAAGAACCCUGAGCUCGGAUCGGACGCCGCCCGAAUUCAGAAGGAGGAACAGCGCAAGAUCGACGAUGCUCAGCCGCUCACCGACGAGGAGGUCGCCGAGAAGGAGAAGUUGUUGCUUCAAGGCUUCACCAACUGGACCAAACGGGACUUCAAUCAGUUCAUCAAGGCGAAUGAGAAGUAUGGUCGCGAUGACAUUGAGAACAUAGCAAAGGAGGUCGAGGGAAAGACGCCGGAGGAAGUUAUGGAGUAUUCGGCCGUUUUCUGGGAACGUUGCCACGAGCUUCAGGAUAUAGAUCGCGUGAUGGCGCAGAUCGAGCGUGGCGAGGCCAAGAUACAGAGGCGCGCCGGCAUCAAGAAGGCAUUGGACGCGAAAAUGGCCAGAUACCGCGCGCCCUUCCACCAGCUUAGGAUAGCCUACGGUACGAAUAAGGGCAAGAAUUACACCGAGGAGGAGGACAGAUUUCUCGUUUGCAUGCUGCACAAGCUCGGAUUCGACAAGGAGAACGUGUACGAGGAGCUGCGCGCCACGGUGAGGUCGGCGCCGCAGUUCCGUUUCGACUGGUUCGUCAAAUCCCGCACCGCGUUAGAGCUGCAGCGUCGCUGCAACACCCUGAUAACCCUGAUAGAACGCGAGAAUCAAGAGCUCGAGGAGCGCGAGAGGCAGGAGAGGCGAAAGAAGGGCAGCAACAUAGGUACGAAGCCGACGUCGAAACGAAAGGAGAACUUGCCGGCGCCGCAGGAUAAACCGCGGAAAAAGAAGAAGUAAACGAUUAAGUGCAUUCGGCUAGCCUCACUCCGGACUUUUUUUCACUUAGGACACUUUUCACUCUUGCGCGUUAAAUAUGACUGAAAAUACGGACCACGGGUAUUCACACACAAGGCGCAUUUUUCUAUAUUUACAAAUUUACUCAUUUUCAUAUGCAGACAUACUCCUACUGUUUCAUAUUCCAUUGUAAACGAAAUACAUUCUUUAGAUAACGACUGCCAAGUUCAUCAGGCUUCAUCGAAUCGUUUGUAAUGACACGAACUUUAAAUCAUUUAUCGCAAUUGAUCUCUGAAAACGUACUCGCGUAACUGCGAAAACUAGAUUUAUGCUGCAGAAUCAUCGAUAGCUAUGCAAUACUUCCCGAUGGACUUAGGCAGAACUUUAUAUCGCGAGUGUUUUUUCAUGUGCUCAUGGAUGCCUGGCCACUGAGAUGAGAGAGAAAGAGAGAGAGAGAGAGAGAGAGAGAGAGAAAUAGAGAAAGAGAAACGUAAGAUCAAGUACACUAUUUAUUUUUCCGGACUUACCGAAUAAGUUUGUUAUUAAAAUGUUUUUCCUUUCUCGCUUCAACAAACUUUAGAAUUCGACAUCAUCCUGUAUGUCAAAUAUCUGUCAAAUUGAGAUAUAAAUUUUGUUAACUCAAAUCUUUUACUAACUUGUAGUGUCCCAUUGACAUAUUAUGUUACGUUGCUACGAAAAUUUUUUUAUAACAAUCUUUAAAAUAAAAUCGAAGUAUUAUUGUGGUGUAUCGUAUAAACGAUAUAUAUGCUGAUCUAUUUUAUAGCCAAAUAUUACUCCGUAACGCACUAUUCUUCCACGUUAGUUUCAAACACCGUCAUGGAUUAGUUUCAAUAAGAAAAAUAAGAAAAAUUGCUGCUCCAUCAAUCGAAAAUUGCAGUUUUUUUUUUAACACAAAAUCCCAUAGCGUUUCGGACAAAAAGAUGUGCGCACUUAGGAAGUUUUAUAUUUUAAGUUUACAUGUACACGAACACACAUCGAAUAAGAGUUUGCAAGAAAAUUUAGUUUAAAACAUUGAUAAUAAAUAAAUCUUACUAUUAUGGA